AUACAUACACAGGCAUUCCUUGUUCAAUUUUAUUCUUUUUUUUAUUUAAUUUGAUUAACAAAAACAUUCCAAUCGUACAGCAUAUUAUGUUUGUCGUUACUUUAUAUUUUCUAUAUAAGGUUCUACAGCGCGGCACGCGACAAGGUACCUGGGGUUUAAGCCAGGGUUAGUUGGUGUGUGCUCCAUUUUAUUUUACCAUAUCAUCAGUGUCUGGUGGUUUGUAUCUUUUAACGUAGUUCGAUAUAGCGCCCCUAUAUGUGUUCAUUCAUUAUCGGGUAAUGGGUCAACUCUGGCCUGAAUCCAUGGACACAACAUAAUUGUAUUUAAUCUAAAUUUACUCUCGCUUUUCAGGGAUAAAUAGGCGAGUUUCGCCGCGUUUUUUAAAAAAUACAUUCAUAAAUAUAAACAAACGCUAUAGUUUAACUUUAAACCAAAUUGUUGCUUAUUUCUUUUAACUCUCAACCUAAAAAAUGGAACCUAAACGUACAACAUCGGCUGGUUACCGCUUUCCACUCGGUGAAACGACGGCUGUCCAUCGUUCAACCACAAGACCUGAAGCGACGCAAACAUCUGCUGGCUUGAAACGAAAUGCGGCGAAAAAUGUGGAAAAAUUUGAUGAGGUUUCCUGGAACAAAAUCUGGCGUGAGCAAGUUGACAGUGAAUGGAAAAGCGUCAAAGAAUGGGAGAAAAACUGGGGGUUUCUAAACGAUUUUGACCCAAGAGGACGACCUAAAACACCCCCAAAGCUACCAGAAAGGGAGCCAGUUUUUAGCGAUACUGUACCAGACACUCAAGGUCAUGUAUACGGCAGUAGAGUGAAUACGGAGGGGGGAAUGGAAAUGCAGAAAAUGGAAUUUAUGUUUCAUUCGUCAAAUAGAAGAAUCAGAAUGGAUUCUGAAUUUGUUUGUUAUUAAUAAUAUAAACCCCAAAUAUGUAUUUCUAAUUAUAUAGUACUGUGGGUAUGAUGGAUACCGUUAGCACAUAUUAUCCUAUGUUUCCUAAUCGUGUUUUAACACUUAACAACGCUCUUUUAGAGUCAUGAGGAUACCGUUAUGUAAUUCUGUAAAUAUUCUUUGUUUUCUACCAAAUGGGACGAGAAAGGAUAAUGAAAACAUGAACCAUGUCCUUACAUAUGUAGACAUACACCAAAGAUUAUAUAGCCCUGCUUUUACCAUGGUUUUCUUUGCAUUUGUAUAAUAUCAUCCAUAUCAAACUACUUUACCUCUUGCGUGCAAUUAUAUCAGCGAUUAUAUGUUUGUACCAUUACUUGUUCAUUUAGUUGUUAAAUCCAUUGAAUUAUGUACUUAUGUUAUAAAUUGGAGGUAUGACGUAAAUUUCUGUGACGUAACAUGUUGUGACGUCAUUUUUUUAUUAUUAAUUAUUGCAGAUUGUAUUAUUUCGUGUUUGAAAUUACGAUAAAUUGCAUAAAAACAUAUUUAUAUUGCUUUAA